CGUCUGCCCAGUACUCGCGUCUGUCCAGUCCGCUGGUAGAUGCUGCCCCUCCUUUGACGCGUCGCCCGGCCAGUUCGCAGCAACACGCACCAUGUCUCUUCUCUCCGAGCGGCAGAAGGAGGAGCUUCACAAGGCAAUACUCGAAUACCUCCACUCGAACAACUUCACGGAUGCUUUCAACUCACUCAAGACGGAUGCUGGAAUUGAGUACACGCCCGACCCCAAGGCCAAGUAUGCUGGAUUGCUGGAGAAGAAAUGGACGAGCGUGAUACGGCUGCAGAAGAAGAUUAUGGACCUAGAGAACCGGAAUGCGUCCCUGCAAGAAGAGCUUUCUGUUUCACCCGCUAAACGUGCGCAGAUGCAGACAGACUGGGUCCCGCGAGCGCCGGCAGCGUAUGUUCUGACGGGACACCGAGGACAAGUUCUGAAAGUAGCGUUCCACCCGACGUUCAACCUCAUUGCGUCUGCAAGCGAUGAUGGUACAGUCAAGAUCUGGGACUGGGAAACUGGAGAAUUCGAACGGACGCUGAAAGGCCAUACGCGUUCCGUAAAUGACGUUGACUUUGACAGUAAGGGCAAUCUACUAGUGAGCUGCUCGUCCGACCUGUUGAUCAAGAUUUGGGAUGCACAGAAUGAAUGGCGCAAUACGAAGACAUUCUCCGGGCACGACCAUACAGUGUCUUCGGUGCGCUUCAUGCCUGGCGACCAGCAAAUCGUUAGUGCAAGCCGAGAUAAGACCAUCAGGAUAUUUGAUGUUGCUUCCACGCACCUCGUCCGCACGAUCACCGGACAUUCUGAGUGGGUUCGGUGUGUACAGCCGUCAGACGAUGGUCGAUUAAUCGCCAGUGCUUCGAAUGAUCAGACUGCGCGGCUAAGCGAUCCCUUGAAUGGAGAGACGAAGUUGGAGUUCCGUGGGCACGAACAUGUCGUCGAGGUCGUCGCUUUUGCUCCUAUUGCUGCAUAUACUGCAAUUCGCGAGCUUGGAGGCCUUCCAGAUAAAGACAGAGUGAAGAGAUCGGGAGCAUACCUUGCGACUGGUUCAAGAGACAAGACCGUCAAGAUAUGGGACUGCCAAGGCGGUCAACUCAUUCGUAGUCUGGCGGGACAUGAUAACUGGGUGCGGGCACUCGUCUUCCAUCCCACGGGCAAGUUCCUCCUCUCCGCAUCUGACGACUACACAAUUCGCGUCUGGGAGCUCACGACUGGCCGUUGCAUGAAGACCGUGCAGGCGCAUGGACAUUUCGUGACGUGCCUCGCAUGGGGUCCCCAAUCCAAACCACAAGGCGCCGAUGGCACGAAGGCCAACGGCGUCGCCGCUGAUGCCAAGGCGGAACCUGAGAAGUUUGUCAACGUCGUCGCAUCGGGGAGCGUCGACCAGACGAUCAAGAUUUGGCUGCCAUGAUAAAUUAUCGCUUGGAUGGAGGCCGCUGCUCGGAAUUGGAGCUGGAGGGCGUGUGCCGGUGGUGCAGUACUCCGUCGUGUAUGAGUUCGUCAACGCUAGACAUACGGUAAUCGUUUCUGUUCUUUCUGCAUUUCUCGCUCUGGUGCACUAGCAUUGUACACUGUCGUUUCCGCUGCUCGCAUGGUAUAUCUCCGUAAAUCAUUGCACUCAUUAACUGAUAUCCUCGCAAUCAUUGUUGCUUCGGAAGUCGAUACUUUGUGGCCUCUCAGUGAUACCCAGCAACAAGUUUCUCAUUCUAA